CUUCUUUUUUGAGUGGCGUGCGUGAUUUCUUUCUUUAUUUCUUCCUUUCUUCUUCGUGUUACGGAAGUCGAAGAAGAACAAGAAGAAGAAGAAAUCUGUCUUUAUUUUCUUGAUCCAUUCACAAGAUCCCUCCUUCACCCACACACACACUCUCUCUCUCUCUCUCUCUCUCUCUCUCUCUCAAACACCGCUUCUUCUUCGUACAAAUAUCUCUCUCUCAAACAGCGCUUCUUCUUCGUAUAAAUCUCUUCUCUCUCUCUCUCUCUCCGCGGCAAAAAGAUUCGGGAUUUCGAGUUUUUUCUGUCCGUUCGGCUUCAGAUUCCGAGCUGUUUGACGGCCUCAGCGACCGAUCUUGCAGAUAUCUGAGCUCUGGAAGUGCCAUCACUUCUAUUCAUAAGUGUUAUGGUCCUGGAGAUGAAUUCCCAGUCCAGAUUUAGGAAGCUGUUGAGAAUUUCUGGUUAGAUAUGCCAAGGAUCAUCUUAAAUUUCAUUUUCUUAAAUUUCAUUUACGUGGAAGACUUGAUUUUCAGAUUGUCUGGAGACAGGGCUGGUUGAGUAGCAUCACUUGUGAAAGAAAAUAAUGGGGAAGAUGAUCAAUAAAUCACUUCUUUUGACCUAUCUGUACUUGCUUAUAUACAUUCUGCUCUCUUCUGGAGUCAUAUUAUACAACAAGUGGGUUCUCUCCCCAAAGUACUUCAACUUUCCAUUUCCAAUAACACUUACCAUGAUUCAUAUGGGAUUUUCUGGAAUUGUAGCAUUCUUUCUUGUUCGUGUUUUCAAGAUUGUAACUCCUGUUAAAAUGACAUUCGAGAUAUACUCAACAUGCGUUAUUCCUAUAAGUGCCUUCUUUGCUUCAAGCCUCUGGUUUGGUAACACUGCUUACCUUCAUAUCUCCGUGGCCUUCAUCCAGAUGCUGAAAGCCCUAAUGCCAGUGGCGACAUUUCUUAUGGCCGUUUUGUGUGGCACUGACAAAUUAAGAUGGGACGUGUUUUCGAACAUGGUGCUGGUCAGUGUUGGAGUUGUAAUUUCCUCAUACGGGGAAAUUCAUUUUAAUAUAGUCGGUACAGUUUAUCAGGUUACUGGCAUCUUUGCAGAGGCUCUGAGGCUUGUUUUGACUCAAGUCCUCCUGCAAAAGAAGGGCUUGACUCUAAAUCCUAUUACCAGCUUAUAUUAUAUAGCUCCAUGCAGUUUCGUGUUUCUAUUUGUGCCCUGGUAUUUCCUAGAGAAGCCUGGGAUGGAGAUUUCACAGAUCCAGUUCAACUCCUGGAUCUUUCUUUCCAAUGCUAUCUGUGCUCUUGCCCUGAACUUCUCAAUAUUCUUGGUUAUUGGUAGAACUGGAGCAGUUACCAUCCGAGUUGCUGGUGUCCUGAAAGAUUGGAUACUGAUAGCCCUUUCGACUAUCAUAUUCCCAGAGUCAACCAUUACUGGGCUGAAUAUUAUUGGCUAUGCAAUUGCCCUAUGUGGUGUUGUGAUGUAUAACUACCUGAAGGUUAAGGAUGUCCGAGCAUCUCAACUGCCCUCCGAAAGUCUUCUAGAAAGAAUCGGGAAGGACUGGAAGCUAGAGAAGAAGUCCUCUGACGUUCACAGACCAGACAGCGGUGAUGAUAACAAUGGAGGUAGCGGUAGAGGAAACAAUUUUGCUUCUGACCUAAAUGUAGACGAAGAGGCAGCUGUGAUUCCUUCAAGAUUGUCUCAUAUUGGACGAUCGCAGCUUAACAGCAGCCAUGGGGUGUAACUACAAUUAAUGGAUUGUAGAGAGAGAGAGAGAGUGAGAGAGAGAGAGAGCAUCGGAGGAAAAUAAACCGGGCGCAGAUGUAUGGUACACUCCUGUUCUCUUCCCAUGGGGCCCUGUUCCAUUUUGUAUGCCGAAAAUGAAAUAGCAUGCGGCACGGGAAAUGCUUCAUGGGAGAUGCUUAAGGCACCAUAUAGUAUCGUAUUGGGGAUUCUCCUUUUGCCUUGGGCUGUUCUUUUAUUUUAUUUCUAGUGGUGUAAUGUUCUUCGACAUAUUUGAGGCCAAUUCUUGGGUUGAAAUGCUUUUUCAUUGAUUGGGAAAUUGCGGAUGGGUAAAAAGUAAAGCGGAGUGGAUUAACUAAUCCAUUCAUCAACUCAUUCUACUUCUGUUUUUUGAAUUUUUAUUUCUUUCGGAUGGUGAAAUGUUGGCUCUUAACUCACCUUAUCAUGUUUUUUUUGACUUUUGGCAUGUUUGGCUGAACCUUAUAUUUGUUUUUAACUUACCAAAUAAAAUUCAGGAAGUAUG